AACGUGCCUUUAACGUUACUUCCCAGGAUUUAACAACAACUGAACGUUCACUACAGCUGCUACUCAAGUACGGUAGAGUCUGAGCUGUUCUGAUUCAUGCAGAAAAGUAUACAAUAUAAGCAUAACCGUUUUUGUUGGGAUAGUAAGCGUCCAUUGCAGUGUAGUUCGCUGUGUUUAUGUUCGAGGACUGAUUAUGGGGAUCAUAAAAUAACAGCACUGCUCGUUGCAUCCAUAGAACUGUGUUAUAAAGUUCUCGGUCACGGUAUGUCCUCCCUGUGCUGGAUUUUUUGAUGGGGCUUUUAAGGUUAAAGAUGCCGCCGAAGUUUCAGCUCCUGGCUCUGUUGGCCUUCGCCAUUGCAAUGAUUUUUUUGGAAAACCAAAUUCAGAAGCUCGAAGAGUCACGGGGGAAGCUGGAACGAGCCAUUGCCAGACAUGAGGUACGAGAGAUUGAGCAACGGCACAUUCAAGAUGGGGCGAAGGAGGCCAUGGUAAAGGAGGACGAUUUGGUGGUCAUCUACAACCGAGUGCCCAAAACAGCCAGUACCUCCUUCACCAACAUCGCCUAUGACCUGUGCAACAAGAACCACUACCAUGUGCUGCACAUCAACACCACCAAAAACAAUCCUGUCAUGUCCCUUCAGGAUCAGGUACGGUUUGUAAAGAAUGUGACAUUGUGGAAGGAGAUGAAGCCUGCGUUCUACCACGGACAUGUUUCCUUCCUGGAUUUCACCAAAUUUGGAGUGAAGAAAAAGCCUGUUUACAUAAAUGUUAUCCGGGAUCCCAUUGAGCGUCUGGUGUCUUACUACUAUUUCUUGCGCUUUGGUGAUGACUACAGACCCGGCCUACGACGCAGAAAGCAAGGAGACAAAAAGACAUUUGAUGAGUGUGUAGCUGCUGGAGGAUCUGACUGUGCUCCAGAGAAACUGUGGCUUCAGAUUCCCUUCUUCUGUGGUCAUUACUCUGAGUGCUGGAACAUUGGUAGCAAAUGGGCUUUGGAGCAAGCCAAAUAUAACCUGGUGAAUGAAUAUAUGCUUGUUGGGGUGACAGAGGAGUUGGAAGACUUUGUUAUGAUGUUGGAGGCGGCACUUCCUCGCUUUUUUAAGGGGGCCACAGAGCUCUAUCGGACAGGGAAGAAAUCGCACCUAAGGAAAACGAGUGAGAAGAAGCCACCCACUAAAGAGUCUAUAGCUAGACUGCAGCAGUCGGACAUCUGGAAAAUGGAGAAUGAGUUUUAUGAGUUUGCACUAGAGCAAUUCCAGUACGUUCGGGCUCAUGCAGUGAGAGAAAAAGAUGGAGAGCUUUACCUACUGGCACAGAACUUUUUCUACGAGAAAAUCUACCCAAAGACCACCUGAGACCAUAAACGCUGUAUGCUGUGGUCGGAAACACUGGAGGAGGACACAUUACAUUGAUAUGUGCAUUCAGACUGACUCUAAUCCAUCUGGAUAUGUACAUUUCAAACAGCUGAAUCUAGUAUGUGCCACAGGGAAGAGUCUUGGGGCCAAACAGCUGUCAUGAGCAUUAUCCCCCCAAUACAUAUCAUUUCAAAGAAGGGUUAAAAGCUCUCAAAUGUGCAUUAAAAGUGACUGAGAUUG